AUUUACUUAAGCAUGCAUAAAGCAAGCCUGUAGCGCCGUGGAUGAUCAUCGUGAUCGGACGCCAUUCAGGCAACACCGCUCAAUACAGCCUGACGGAAUUGAUAUUUAAUACUGGCCUUCCCACGUUACUACUACAUCCACUUUCUUCAACAUUUUCACCCCAUGCAGAUUUGAAUAGAUCAUUAAAAUGCCUCAGCUAGGUGACGCGGAAACAAUCCGCAUUCUCGUUUCAACCGACAACCAUGUUGGGUACAACGAACGAGACCCGAUCAGAGGGGAUGACAGCUGGAAGAGUUUCCAUGAGGUCAUGUGUUUAGCCCGGGAGCGUGAUGUGGACAUGGUGCUGCUCGCAGGCGAUCUGUUCCACGAGAAUAAGCCGUCGCGGAAAUCCAUGUACCAAGUAAUGCGCUCCAUCAGGAUGAACUGUCUAGGGGACAAGCCCUGCGAGCUGGAAAUGCUUAGCGACGCUAGUGAAAACUUUCAAGGGGCGUUCAACCAUGUGAACUACGAAGAUCUGGACAUCAACGUGGCUAUUCCCAUUUUCUCUAUCCAUGGCAACCAUGACGACCCAUCCGGAGAAGGUCAUUUGGCGGCUUUGGACUUACUCCAGGUGUCUGGCUUAUUGAAUUAUUAUGGGCGAACCCCGGAAUCGGAUAAUAUUCAGGUAAAGCCGGUUUUGCUUCAAAAGGGCCGGACCAAAUUGGCGCUUUACGGCAUGAGUAAUGUUCGAGAUGAGCGAUUGUUCCGCACAUUCCGCGACGGUAAGGUCAAGUUCUUUCAGCCCUCAAUCCAAAAAGAGGACUGGUUCAACUUGAUAUGUGUCCACCAGAACCACCACGCUUACACGGAGACGGGAUAUCUCCCCGAAAACUUUCUCCCAGAGUUUCUUGACCUCGUGAUCUGGGGCCACGAACAUGAGUGCUUGAUCAAUCCCCGAAUGAACCCUGAGACUAAAUUUCAUGUUAUGCAGCCGGGUUCCUCUGUGGCAACGUCGCUCGUCCCCGGGGAGGCUGUGACGAAACAGGUAGCCAUCCUCAGUAUCACCGGACGCGAAUUCAAAAGCGAGCCAAUCACAUUGAAGUCUGUGCGGCCAUUCGUCAUGAAAGAAAUUGUCCUCUCUGAAGAAAAAGGGGCCCAAAAGCUGGCCCGGAAAGAGAACAACCGAACUGAAGUCACGCGCUUUUUGAUGGCGAUAGUCGAGGAACUCAUUGAACAAGCUAAAGCAGAAUGGCUAGCGAUGCAAGGAGAUGUCGAAGAAGACGAGGAAUUAGAGGUGCCUUUGCCUCUAGUAAGACUGCGCGUGGAGAUCUCCACGCCAGAGGGAGGCAGCUAUGAUUGUGAAAAUCCUCAGCGGUUUUCUAAUCGUUUUGUAGGCAAGGUUGCCAACGUGAACGAUGUUGUGCAGUUCCAUCGGAAGAAAAAGAACGCAACAACCCGCAAGAAAGAUGACGGUGUCGACGAAACAGCUGUCUCCCAUCUUUCGACGCUGGACACGGUGAAAGUCGAGCAGCUGGUGCGCGAGUUCCUCUCCGCCCAAUCCUUGAGUAUUCUUCCGCAAAAUUCAUUUGGGGAUGCUGUGGCCCAAUUUAUCGACAAGGAUGACAAACACGCGAUGGAGAUGUUCGUAAACGAGUCAUUGGAAAACCAAAUCAAACACCUCAUGUCCCUGGAUCGGGACAACGAUGAGAUGGACGAUGAAAAAGGAGCCACUCAAAGCUCGCUGCAACAAGCUAUGGAGAAAUACCGAACCCAGAUGGAAGACAUGUUUUCCCGAGGAAUCAAGAAAAGGUCGCGAGGCAAGAAGCGAUUCAAGCCUAAGCCUGAUAGCUGGGACACUGAAUUUGAUGGUGCUUGGGAAGACCAGCCCGGAGCACUUAUACAUUCGGAAAAUGAGGGUGAUCCCAAUGAAGAGGAGGCCGCCGAGGAUGGUACAGGACCUGCUGCUAAAUCUACGCGUGGUCGAGGCCGAGGUCGUGGAGGAAGAACUGCAUCCACUACAACUACUCGCAAAGCAACCACAACCGCAAAAACCGCAUCAACGGCAUCCAAGAAAGCCACACCCUCUAAAACCAGCCGAGGGCGCAGGAAAGCCGUAUCAGAUGAGGAAGAUGAAGAAGACGAUGUCGUAAUGCUAGACGACGACGAUGAAGAUCAAGAUGAGGCCCCUGCUGCAGCUCAAACUCUUUCUGAUAUCGGUGAAGACGACGAUUCCCAAUCUCUAUUUGUGAAACAACCCUUGACCCGAAGCCGCAAUGCAGGGUCCUCGACGACUAGCACCCAACGUCGAGGACGAGCCGCACCAUCACCGGCACCAUCUUCGAAUACAGUAGGCGGAACAGCUACGCGUAGGUCUAACGCAACGGCGAGAGGCAAACAAACACAGACGAUGCUGAAUUUCACCGGCUCCCAAACGAGUGCUCUUGGGAGCCAGCCUACCUCCAGAUCAACGAGACCAAGCCGGGCAACUCGAGCUACGAGUGUACUGAGCGAAGAGAUUGACGAUGAUAGCGAUGCCUUUGAGCCUGCGCCAACCUCCAGAAGGAGGAGAUAGGCUCCCUGAAGCACCAAUGACUGACUUGCCAAGUUAGAGAAUGGCUGUCUUCCAUCCAUAGCUUUAUGGGCAUAUUAUGGUAUACUUUCGCAUUCAUGGCGUUUAUGUACUAUAGCGGACAAAUCCAAUUAAU